UUUCUAAUUUACGCAUAAAUGUAUACUUUUUCUGUUUAAUAUUUUUCGAAAAUACAAUUGUGCUUAUUGUUAAUGAACUCACCUCCUCUAUGUUGGUCGUUUUGCAAUAUGACAGCAUGAGAAAGAACUGUUGAAUCCGAUCCAAACGUCCCAAGCGAAUCAUUCUAAAAUAUGAUCACUCAAAUUAGUUCUACGGGUUACAUUUGUACUAAUGCAACUAUUUACUAUGGUGUUUCUAAUAAAAACAUUCAUUUUUCAGCUUAAAAAUUACUGUAAAAAAUAGUAAAAGACAUAACUUCUUAACAAGGACAACAUUUGUCCAUCACUAGUUCCGGAUCUGUUUGACAGCCAGAAAGAUCAAGCACAGUUUAGAGCAGGUUAGUUUCGUUCCAUAACCGUUGGAUUCUUAAAAAAAUUGUUACAAAACUAAAAUCUUUACUAAAUAAUUUAAUAAGUUUUAAUACCAAUCCAUCGUGAUAUUACACUUUCAUUGUUUGUAGCAUCAAAAGGACUGCAAUGGAUAAACCAUUUAAGUUUCGUAAAGCAACCAUCAGCAACAUUUACGCCAUAUCACUUACGCCGGAAAAGAAAAAGCUGCUAAUGCAAAGAAUCUAUUACGAAACCCACCAAAACGGGCCAUUCUCCGAAGAGCAAGUACGGAACACGUGCAACCAACUGAAUCAAUCUUACGAAGUUCGCUUUGAAUCGAUUGCCUGUGCUAUGAAGAUUAUAAUAAAGCUCCUAACGAAUCGCGUGGCAAUGGACGAGGUAAUAUGCUCUUAUCGAAAAUUAUUAUCGUACAUUUCGAACGCCUUGGAUAAAGCCAACUGUGCCAAACUGGCAAACUAUCUGAACAGAGUAUCGUGUAUCGUGUUGGAAAAUGGUAUCGUUUCUGUCGAUUCUUUUCCGGUGGCAGUGAUGAAAUGCAUUUUAGUGCUGAUGUACCGUUUCCCGAUCACAAAUUUGACGGAGCGUCAAACCAUUCUUCAAGCGGUACGUUCAACGCUGGAAUGGUGCAGAUUCAAACCCAAUCUUUACAAGCAGUGGGGAAUCGGUACGCUUAUCCGUUGCGUCAUUGCGUCCACCAAACGGCUCCCGGAUGAGGUAACCGUGGCGACCGAACUAAACGUUCUUGCUUACAGCAUACUGGACGUGUUUUAUAGCCCGCAAACCUCUACAGUACAUCCGGUGGAGGUUCUGUUGCGGUUGGUGUACGAACAGAUAUUUACCCGUCUGGUGACGGAAUGGACCACGGUCCGGAGCUUUGAGCUGUUGCUAUACGUACUGUAUGGUAUGCUUAAGCGCAAUAUCUCUACACAACUGAAGCUGGAUAUCGUUCGUUUGCUGGCAGAUGCGAUCGGCGGCGGUACAAGACGUCUUGUACGGUUGCUAUGUGUUGCAAAACAUUUGAGGAAUGGCAUACUGCUGCAUAAGGUAAAAACCAUCCUGACGAUAGUGCUGUCUCACAGCCUGUUUCGAUACGAACCGAUCAAGCGGACCGUACAUUUUCAUGCAUUUCUGAAGCUGAUUGAAAAGAUGCUAAACGAUAUCGAUUUGGAACAGCUGACAAAUGGCAACUAUCUUUGUCUAAAUAUCCCACGUUCCAAGUUAAAUAUCGAGAGCGUUUGUUUUGUGUUUGUAAUUCGACAUCUCGAUUUACUCGAAGGAACUAGCAGUCGUAGUUUGGAGCUGGAUUAUAUCUACAAUCUUAUCGCGUCGGUCAACAUAAUUUACUACAAGCGCUGGAAGGUUCCUAGCUUUCUCGUGAAACACUUUAUCGACGGACUAUCGCGAUAUUCAAACACAGAAGCGUUUGUUAAAAAUGUCUCACAGCCAGAGGAAAAGUUAAAAGCAAUUCUAUCCAGCGGGAGUAUGAACGUACAUAUGAACAAGAGAACAGAAAACGUUUUCGGACGACUGCCAGUUACGGUUCACCGUAUAGAGUGGUUGUUUCAGCUGCAACCGGAAAACUUUGGCCGAAGGGUUAUCUUCCACCAGCAGCUUGCAAUUCUGCAGCAACGAAUGAUCCUGUCCAGUGAUGAUGCAUGGGCCACUAAGCUUUUAGGGAUGUUCAAAACCGAAACGCUCGUUGCGGUAUUAUCGACGAAAAGAGCCACCGCUACUGCCCGGUUAAAUGCAUCCGUACUGCUAUCGAAGUGUAGUCUUACCGGACCGUUACUGGGUAAGGUACUGAGAAAAAUUGCAUGCCUCUGUCAGCAGCAACAAACAGCCUCGUCAACCCAUUGGAUGGAUUGGGUGCGAGCCGUUUAUGGAACCGUCCACAAACUGGAUAGUGCUUCCAGACGGAACCUUUGGUCCGGGCUGUCCAAUAUUGAGCAAUCAACGUGUAACAGCGAGCAGCGAAUGCUUCUUGUAGAUAUGCGCGCCAGCUUGUUGGUUGCAAUGCUACCCGACAUUAAAGGAACCCUUGCUAUAUAGAUAACUGCAGCGUUAUCAUUACCUUCAAAAAUACACGAUAGCAAAACGGUACGUCCGGUAGCAUCUUCAAAGUUUAAUCGUUCGAACAGAUCGAAACCUAAACGAUAGAUAACGAUAAAACAUUACCGAAA